AUGAAAUCGGCGUCACGAGCGCGAGCCCGCACCGCGGACGCCAAGCCAAGAUCCGCGGUCUCGAAUCGCGUCAAGUUCCCACCCGGGGAGUACACCAUUCACACGCCCAACGAGUGCAACCAGCUGCUCAAAAAUCGGCCGAUUCACCUGAAACAGUGCGCUUACGAUGGCAAGGAGGUGGUGCGCGUGUUCGAGAAGGACGGCUUCCGCAAACUCCUGGUCCCGUCGAAGGAGCUGACAGUCUACCCGAAGAUAAUGACGACCUCCGAGUUCGCCAAGAUCCUCGAGAACAGCCACAACCCGACGACCGAGGAGAAAGAGGCCGCCCUCGCAGCGGCCGAGCGCGAAAAAGAGCGCCUGAUGCGGGAGAGCAUGGCACGGAAGGAGGCGAUCCGGCGGAUGGACCUGCGCAAGAGCCACGAGAAGCAGGGCAGGCUGAACGAGAUCGAGGAGGAGGCGCGCCAACGAACGAUGCACCUGCUCGAGCGAGCCCACAACUUGAAACUCGAGCAGGAGGAGGAGAUUAAAAGGUGCAACAAGCUCAUACUCGAGACCAAGUGUCGGGCCAUCCGCGAUGCCCAGAUAGCGGAGAAAAAGCUGCUGGAGCUCGAGCACCAGCAGGAAGAGCAACGGAUGAACGAGCAGAUGGAGCAGGAGCGCCUGGCGGCGUUGCGCUCCGAGGAGCAGCAGGUGCACGAGAGGGCGAUGAGGCAGCAGCGCUUCGCCCAGGUGCUCAAGGAGCAGAUAGUGGCCAACGAGGAGGAGCGCUUGAUCGAGUACGAGCGGAAGCGCGAGGAGGCCAGGCUGGCCAACCUCAACAGCAUAGCCCAACAGGAGGCCGAGUUGGACAAGUAUCGGGAACUCGAGGCCGAGCGCGAGAGGGUCAGGCGAGAGUUCAUCAGGUGCAACGACCAGAUCAAGCACUUCAAGAGAAUGGAGAAGGAGGAGGAGAGGAUCAUGGACAUGAGGAUACAGGAGUAUCAGAGGGAAAAGACCGAGAGGGAGAGGAGGAUCGUCGAGGAGCAGCGCAACGAGCAGCAGCGCAAGGAACGAGAAAAAGAGCGGAUCGCCGAGCAGGCUCUUCAGGACAAAGAAGUUCAGGCUCAGAUAGACGAGCUCAAUGCUUCGAGGAUCCAAGAGGAGGUGGAGCGCGAGUGGCGUCGCAAAGAAAAGGAGGAAGCCGUGAAGCGCGCCGAGAAACUGAAGAAAUUUCGCGAGGAGCGCACACGGCAGGUCAACAGCAAGAUGAAGAUACAGGCGAUGGAGGUUGAGCGCGAAAAGUACGAGAUCGAGAAGAUCCUCGAGAGACAGAGGGAGGCCCAGUGCCGCGAGCAGAGGGAACGCGAGAAGAAACAGAAGCGGAUGCUCGCGCACAGGAGCGAUAUUCUCAAACAGGUGAACGAAAAGGAGAAAGAAAAAAUAGUGUCCAGGCAGAAGAUGUUCGAAGAGGGUUUGGCGAUACGUGCUGAGAGCGAGCAACGCAAACGUCGACUUCGGGAAGUGAUGGAGCGAAAGUGCCAGGAGAUGAGAGAGAACAAAGUGCCAGAAGUGCACAUAAACGAGGUCAAGCGCAUGAUGGAGAGCAUCAAAUAA